UCAUUGUCUUUACUAUUUUAACAGAGUUCUAAAAAGUGCUAGUUUGCUUCUGUUUCUUUGGAACUCCAUGAUCACAGGCCAUUCAAUAUAAUGAAUUUGCUUAACUUUUGAAAUAACUUCAUCAUUCUGUGUAUUGAUUAGGAAAAAUCUCUGGGAUGCAGAGCUUCCCCUUCUGUUUUCCUUCAUCUCACUGGACUUUGAGGUCAAUUUCAUCAAAGGCCAUGCUCUGAUUUUUCUGGUCAAUAUUCUUCAGAUUUUGGAUAACCAUUCCCAUGCACCUUACAUGGUAUGAGAAUUGCUCUUACAUUCUCUUGUCUGAUCAUUCUCCAGAAAUCUUUAAUUGCAUUUGAUUUAGACUCUUAACAGACAAUGAAACCAUCUCUUUCGUCUAAGCAUUCAGAAAUAUAGUUGGCAUUAAUGUAUCAGUUCUCUCCAUCAUGCUAAGCUGUAUCUGAGAUCACAGCUGUGCUCUUGUAUGGAAGUAUAUAAUAGUAUCUGUUGAGGUGAGAAAUAGUUCCCUUCUCAAGGGAAAUGAGUGGCCUUUAAUGCUCACCAGCCAUAGAGAUGAGGCUCAGCAUUGCUAGUUUAUGUCUUAGCUUCUCUUCAUUUUUCUUUAAAUUUUCAAAGAGACUAAGAGGUUUGCCAGCUUCUUAUUCUGCUACUUCCUCACCUUCAAGAUAUUUAUCUAGCAUGCACUCUGGGCCAUAAUUCAUUUUUAA